GAAGAAGUUACGCUUGCUAGAACAGCAAGAGUUGCCAAUUCAAAGUCAGUUGUCAAGGAGAGACCUCCAACCCAGGUUCAGACAGUGAGCCCAGUUCCACAGCAUCAGGAAACCAUAAACAACACAGACAGAGGAACUCAAGACAGAAACAUCACCACUGCAUGGACUGCUUCACUAGUUUCUAUGAGCCAGAGGAGUUGAGAAGGCACACUUGUAGGACCCACCCCUGCUCAGAUUGCAGAGGCAGUUUUAUUUGUCCAACUCACCUCAAAUCAAAACAGGCUCAAAAAAGAAUGACGACAUACCCGUGUGGUCAAUGUGGGAAGAUAUGUGAAACACCAAGCAAACUCAAGACGCACCAGAUAACGCACACAGGAGAGAAGCCAUACCACUGCUCUGUUUGUGGGAAGGGUUGCAGUCAUUCGGACCAACUAAAGACACACCAGAGAACUCACACAGGAGAGAAGCCUUACCACUGCUCCCAAUGUGGAAAUAGUUUCAGUCAAUUAUCAACUCUGAGAAAACACCACCUAACUCACACAGGAGAGAAGCCAUACCUCUGCUCUCAUUGUGGGAAGAGUUUCCGUCAGUUAGCCAACCUGAAUACACACCAGUUAAUUCACUCAGGCGAGAAGCCAUACCACUGCUCUCAGUGUGGGAAGGAUUUCAGACAUCCAAGAGACUUGAAGUCACACCAGAGAACUCACACAGGAGAGAAGCCUUACCACUGCUCUCAAUGUGGGGAUAGUUUCACCAGUUCAUAUUUCCUAAGGAAACACCACCUAACUCAUACAGGAGAGAAGCCUUACCUCUGCUCUCAUUGUGGGAAGAGUUUCAGUCAGUUAGCCAACCUGAAUACACACCAGUUAAGUCACACUGGAGAGAAGCCUUACCACUGCUCUCAAUGUGGGGAUAGUUUCACCAGUUUAUAUUUCCUAAAGAAACACCAGCUAAUUCACACGGGAGGAAAGCCAUUCCACUGCUCCCAGUGUGGUAAGAGUUUCAGUCAUUCAUCAACUCUAAAGAAACAUCAGAUAACACACACAGGGGAGAAACCUUACCGCUGCUACCAGUGUGGGAAGAGUUUCAGUCUGGUGGGAAACCUAAAGAGACACCAGCUAACCCACACAGUAGAGAAGCCUUACCGCUGCUCUCAUUGUGGGAAGAGUGUUAGUCAGUUACACCACCUAAAGACACACCAGUUAAUUCACACCGGAGAGAAGCCAUACCACUGCUCUCAGUGUGGGAAGAGUUUCAGUCAAUCAUCAACUUUGAAGAAACAUCAGAGAACUCACACAUGAGUAAAGUUGUCAUCAAGUCUGAAGACACCAGGUUAUUCACAUAGGGGAGAAGCCUUAACUCUGCUAUCAUUGUGGGGAUAGUUUCACCAGUUUAUUUUUUAAAAAUUAAACACCAACUAAUUAUCACUAACAGUAACUUACUUGGUUAAAUAAAGGGGGGGGGGGGGGAUUACUUGCAAAGGAGUGUGGUACCUGUUCCCUGUGUGGAAAGCUUCAGUCAGUCAUCAAAUUUGAAGACCCACCAUUUAACUGGCAUAGUAGAAAAGCCAUACCACUGCUCUGUGAGGAAAAUAUUCAGUCGCCUAGGAGACCUUGUCGUGACUUUCAUUAAUCUGAUGACUGUUAUUUAUCGAAUCAACUAACUAUGUUUAAUUGUCAAACGAUUAAAUUAAUCAUGUAACAAUUAACUCAUUAGGAUUUUGGGGCACCACAGAAUAAUUUGAUUAACGAGUUACCAUCUCCCGAAUUAAACUCUAAGAUAUGUAUGUUAUAUAUCGAUAAGGCACUUAUUAAUCAUUACCUCAUAUCAGUCUCAUUCUGAACGUUGCAUAAUCCUUGAAUCCGCAAGAACCCUAACUUUACUUAUGAUUCAGCAAUACACAAAUUGGCUUAAUCAUUUAUUUACUAGCUAACUAAAUAAUAACACAGAAUACAUUCAUACUUCAUACAUGAGAAAAAGGUCCCUAGCGGACUAACGACAGCAUGACUGCUUGGUUAUCAAAAAGGGGAGGGGUCAAUAGGAGGGAGAGAGGGACAAAGAGAGUCAAACUUAUCGUACAUUUACAUUUGGAACCUACGCUCACGGCAGUCACAAUACUUAGCAACCUAACCACCGCCCAUUCAGAGUAAAAAAAACAAUGAAUGUAUUUGCGUGUUUGCCGCUCGUCUAUCUCUGUUGACCCAAGCCCUCUUGGAAAGGAGGUUUUUGGCUGGGUCUUUGCUCAGCUCACUUGUAAGGCUCUGAUUGUCCACCAGAGGUCACAACGUCCUUCUUCUUUGUAGAGCUUCUCUGGUAGUGAAGUGUUUGUUAGAAGAGAUACUUCAGAUGCUCCAACGGUUGUCUGAGAUGGGAUUAUCCUUCCCAACUCUUGUCUUUUAGUGAAAGUCCUAGACUACUUUACAUGCCAACUGCAGACUGGUAAUGCUACGGUCUAGUGAGUGUCUUCUUCUUGUGUAGAGAUUUGAGAGUUUCUCACCAUUUCAAACGUGUGGACGAACGUCUCACGUGUCCUGGUCUUAGAGUAUCAACCAUUUGUAACGUUCAGCUCUGAUUCACGUCGGCUGGUCUUUCUGGUCUAACCAUUUUAAGCCGUGUAGCCACAGCUCCACGCUUCCUGGUCUAAUGUAAAUGUAGUUACCAAGGCUUUUUCACUCGGGUAAAAAGGGGGCGUUCCAUCACGCCAACACAAUGUCUGUGCUGACUUGGGCGUGGUUACUGACUGGGCAAAAGUGUAUAUAAAACAAUUAGAAGAAUAAAAUCACAUUGCUAUCUUCACUAAAGUUCUCUCAUACUUAAUUAAUCAUAUAUUUUAUACAACAUUUAGAUAUAAACUUGAUAACUAAGUCGUAAGUCGCUCUGGAUAAGAGCGUCUGCUAAAUGACUAAAAUGUAAAUGUAAACUAGAAUGUGUACACUUUCAGAGUUACAAUUAUUUAUUUAUACCAUCCUUAAUGACAUCACAAAAUAAUAAACAAUAUGACAUGAUUAUUCCAAACAUUUGGAUGUCAGAAAUAAUGUUCCAAUGUCCACUUUUAUUGACGUAAAAGUUUUGGCAGCGAAAGUCUCUCUGUAACAAAGAUUACUUUCCCAAUACUGCAGGGCAAGAAAGUUUGCGGCACACAAUUUAUGACCGGGUGUCAAAACCGGCACAACUCCCCCCUCUCCUAUGGGAGAGAGGGGGUUCUGGCUAUCUGUCAGCCAUUUGCCAGUUUGAUAUGGCACCUUUGAUCCUCACCAAGGAGAGAGUCAUGACAACCUAAAGAAACACCAGCUAACUCGCUCUGGAGAGAAUCCUUAUCAUGUUCUGGAGUUGUUUGAAUAGUGUUUAUUGAAAUAAAACUGGUAUGAUGAUAACGGUUUAUUGUGAACAUAUCCCUAUUUCAGGAAUCACCAAAAAGGCACCAGUGCAGAGAAAAGGCAGUUUUACAGAAACUGUAUCUGUUUUAUUGGUGAUUAGGGGACAUGGUUUGUCAUUGUCAGUAUUUCCACUAAACAGCUGUCUGUUUGAGAAUGCCAUACUUCUAUACCAGCAGACCUUCAGCAGCAGACAUCCAGAUGAUUUUCUAGAGGACGCGGCCACAACGGACAAUUCAGUGAAGUUGUAUUUGACAUUGUGGAAUCCAUAGCUAAUAUCUGUUCAUAGAGAAUCCUCAGUAAUCACAGACAUAUCUUCUAGUUGGAUUUCUAUAAUCGCUUAUUUUAUUUUAAAACAAAAUAUGAUUUAGUCACAAAUAUCUGCAACAAAAACUUCUAAAUGGCAGAAAAUAACCAAAAAUGAAUAAACAUAUCGUGAGUUCAGUCUCCUGUCUUACUUUAUUAUGGAGGGUUGAAGCCAUUAUUGAUGGCGACCCUGGAGCAAUUACGGUUACUUGCCUUGCUCUAGGACAGAUUUUUCACUCGACAGUUCUGGAUUUGAACUAGCAAACUUUCGGUAACUGGCCCAACGCCAGGCUACCUGUCGCCCCAUAUAUCCCAACCAAAUAUAUUGAGCUGAGCAAUGUUGAGAAAAACAAUCUAUAUACAGGGGGGAGAACAAGUAUUUGAUAG